AUGGCACCUUUUAAUAUGGAUAUCCCUACAUUGGCUAUUCCUGGUGACAGGAACCAAAGCCAAGCUAUAGAAUUACUGCAACAGGCCCAACAACCUCAACAACCCCAACAGUCCCAACAAGCUUAUACGGGCCACUUACAACGUAAACAGGCAGAUGAAGGUUCAGCUGAGUAUUAUUUUGACAAAGGUUGCGAAUGGAUGGGUAACCACCCAUGGAUGACCGGUAUGGGAGUAUUAGGAGUUGCAUAUUUUGCUUCUGGAUUUGUUAAGUCCAAACAACCAGGUAUUAACGGUAAGGCGUUUGUCAAAGGUCCUUUUGGACAGAAGAUGACCCCCAAGGAAGCGUUGCAGAUUUUGAACUUGAAGGAAACCAACUUAUCGCAAGCCAAAUUGAAGGAACAGCACAGAAAGUUGAUGAUGGCUAAUCACCCAGAUAAAGGAGGUUCGUCUUAUUUAGCUACAAAGGUCAACGAAGCAAAGGAUAUAUUAGAAAAGAGAGGUGGUUUAAAGAAGAAAUGA